ACAUAGGGCGAGAAGGAGACAGAGUGGGAUCGAGAUAAUUAAAAGGGGGGUGCGUAGGAUAAGCAGCAGACUCUAGAGAAGAAGGCGGUUUCCUUCUCGCACGUUACAAGUUACAACCGAGAGAGAGAGAGAGCGAGGAUUAACAUCAGAGAAGUGGACUUGUGGUUGUUUAUUGGGUGGGAAGGACUGAGAGAUCGCCAACCCAUGAAUCCAUGAUGUUACUGAGGUGACUUAAAGCUCGAACCUAGGCUUGCUUUGUUGAUGUGGGGAGGGGUGUAGUAGUGUUUCCUUGGUUUGGUGUUCAACAUGGCAGCGCGGGUUAGCGGAGAGAGCAGGAGGAAGAGAGUAGGAGUGCUGCUAUUCCUUUACUUCAUGGCUUUGAUCCCCUUCUCAUCCGCUGCUAAUGGGAUGCGCAUUUCCCGUCAGAAACUCGAAGUUCAGAACCACUUAAAACGCCUCAACAAGCCUGCCGUUAAAACCAUCAAGAGCCCAGAUGGAGAUAUUAUCGAUUGCGUCCAUGCUUCUCAUCAACCUGCUUUCGACCAUCCUUUUCUCAAGAACCAUACUAUUCAGAUGAGACCUAGCUUUCAUCCAGAAGGACUUUUCGACCAAAACAAGGUCAGUUCCAAGUCCAAACAAAGUUCAAACUCCAUUACUCAGCUAUGGCACUUGAAUGGAAGAUGCCCAGAAGGAACCAUACCCAUCAGAAGAACAAAGAAAGAUGAUAUUCUAAGAGCAAGCUCAAUCAAAAGAUUCGGAAGGAAGAAGCACAGAACAAUCCCUCUGCCCCGUUCUGCUAAUCCUGACCUGAUAAAUGAAAGUGGUCAUCAGCAUGCAAUAGCAUAUGCUGAAGGGGACAAGUAUUAUGGAGCAAAAGCAACCAUUAACGUGUGGGAACCCAAGAUCCAACAGACUAAUGAGUUUAGCUUAUCUCAGCUCUGGAUCUUGGGAGGUUCUUUUGGUCAAGAUCUCAACAGCAUUGAAGCUGGUUGGCAGGUCAGCCCAGAUCUCUAUGGAGACAACAAUACGAGACUCUUCACCUACUGGACUAGUGAUGCUUACCAGGCCACGGGUUGCUACAACCUCCUCUGCUCAGGCUUUAUUCAGAUCAACAAUCAAAUAGCAAUGGGUGCAAGCAUCUUUCCUGUAUCUGGCUAUCGUGGUUCCCAAUAUGAUAUCAGUAUACUUGUCUGGAAGGACCCAACAGAGGGGAACUGGUGGAUGCAAUUUGGGAAUGAUUAUGUGUUAGGCUACUGGCCUUCUUUCCUCUUCUCAUACUUGGCUGACAGUGCAUCCAUGAUUGAGUGGGGAGGAGAGAUUGUAAACUCAGAACCAGAUGGUGAGCACACAUCAACUCAGAUGGGUAGUGGCCAUUUCCCUGAAGAAGGCUUUGGUAAGGCUAGUUAUUUCAGGAAUAUUCAGGUUGUUGAUGGGUCCAAUAAUCUAAGAGCCCCAAAAGGAAUCGGCACCUUCACUGAACAAUCCAAUUGCUAUGAUGUCCAAAAUGGCAAUAAUGGUGAUUGGGGCAACUACUUCUACUAUGGUGGUCCGGGCAAAAACCCCAAUUGCCCAUGAAAGAUAAUUCUCUCUCUCUCUCUCUCUCUCUCUCUCUCUCUCUCAUGUAACUUAAUGUCCUUCCCAUUUAUAUACACAUUUUACCUCUUAGGUUAGAUUAGUAACAUGUUCAUCUUUUCUUUUGCUUUGUGUUGGGAAGUUUUGACUCUUUGUUUCUCACUCUCUCCCCAUAAGAGGUUGGAGAGGAGGGGGCCAAGUUUCUUAAAGCAGCCUAGAGGAACAGCCUUGGUCACUUUCCUAGUUUCUUUGUAUUUGUUCGCUCCUCUCUCCCUGGAGUGGUUUGUUAAUGGAUGAAUGAGAUUCUGAUGCUAAA